CCAAGAUGUCGGCUGUGUUUUUGCUGGUUUUACUGGGACUUGGAGCAUUCUCCACCACCUCAGCCAUACGAAUCAAAGGGAACUCGACGGAGAAGGGUUUUUACAAGGAUCAAAGGAUCAUCGGAGGUCAGGUGGCUGAGGAUGGCUUCGCUCCCUAUCAGAUAUCCUUGCAAGGCAUUUCCGGCGCUCAUUCCUGUGGCGGUGCUAUAAUCUCCGAGAAAUUCGUCCUGACAGCUGCUCAUUGCGUGGAAAAUGCCAACAUCCAAUGGCUGGUGGUGGUCACCGGUACAAAUAAGUACAAUCGACCUGGAGGCAGGUACUUUCUAGAAGCCAUCCACAUUCACUGCAACUACGAUAAUCCCGAGCUCCACAAUGACAUCGCUCUGCUGCAGCUGAUUGAGCCAAUUGUGUGGGAUGAACUCACGCAACCGAUUCCAUUGCCAUUGGUACCAAUGCAAGCAGGUGAUGAGGUGAUCCUCACUGGCUGGGGAUCCACGGUCCUCUGGGGAACCACUCCCAUCGAUCUGCAGGUUCUCUAUCUUCAGUACGUUCCCCAUCGGGAGUGCAAGGCUCUUCUGAGCAACGAUGACGACUGUGAUGUGGGCCACAUCUGCACCUUUUCGCGACUGGGAGAAGGUGCCUGCCACGGAGACUCCGGUGGACCGCUGAUCAGCAAUGGCUACCUCGUCGGUUUGGUCAACUGGGGAUGGCCCUGCGCCACUGGAGUUCCGGACGUCCAUGCCAGUGUAUAUUUCUAUAGGGAUUGGAUACGCAAUGUCAUGAGUGGAAAUACGAAAUGCACAGGCUAUGGCUCUAAUUAUUCCUAAGAGUUCCGUGUUCUGUGUGGCUAUCGUUGUCCAUAAAAUAGCCCAGUUUAUAUGGCAACGAUAAAAUAGCCCUCGAUAAGACCUGGCCAAAUAAUAAAGUUUUUGAUAGCGA